CCCUAUAGUGCGACCGAAUCUCUCAAAAUCUCGCCCCCAAAAAGGCUCUUGCCGUAGGUAUUCCAAUCCUCUCACGCAAAAAGCACGGUCGCAGCUUGCUCACCUCACGCACUGGUGCCUUUCACCAUCUUCUCAUCUCACGCGGUAGCCUGUUGCUUCGACCGUGCCGCCAAUCUCGACUAGUUGCGUUCCGACGGCGUUCACAAUCGGGUCUCGGCAUUGCUAAACGUUCCGUUUCGCUUACCCGCCAGCAAACAGUGCGUCACUGCUGGUUCAGUGACUUGAGGCGCCAUCGUCCUGCUUCCGUGUUUGUUCGUGUGUGUGUGUGUUUGCUUUAGUGAUCCUUCUGUAGUGCUCCUUUUUUCUCAUUUGUUUCACCGUUUUCACCGAACACCGGUGUAUGUCCCUGCUUUGUCUACGUUCCCUUCGCUGCUGGUGUGUCCGUGUGUGCUGUGGCGUACCGUGUUGAUCACCGUCCACUCCGGUUACGAUGAGCAAGUUCGAGAUUUCGGAUGAUGCGGACGAGCUGAACCAGGAGAUUGACGACACUAACUUCCCGACGCGCUCCAACUCGAUCAGCUUCGGUGCGGCCAAUGGGAAUGGUUCGACCGGAAGCCUUAACAACGGGUACGGCCCGUUCGCUAAUCGGCGCCGUUCGAGCAGCAUCCGGCGCACCGAAAGUGAGAUGACCGAGGGUGACGAGAAUGGGACCGCGGGUGGACCGGGUGAAACUGGCGAGGCGGUCAAUAACAACGGUGCUGGUGGUGGUGGUGAAAAUGGCGGCACCACGACCAAUGUAACGGCGAUCAGCGGUGGCCUUAAUCGGGCCCGACCGACGCCAAUCCGCACGACCAGUUUGUCAGGUGAGGCAAGCAAUGGGACUGACAACGGUGCAACCGGCACAACUAACCCCAGCAGUGCACCCCCGCCUAACAGCACUCCGAGGGCCAUCAUGACGCCAGGACACGAAAAAUGUACCUUCCACCAUGAUCUAGAACUCGACCACAAACCGUCGACCCGGGAGGACCUGCUGCCUCUGAUGUCCAAGUCCUACCGGAUGCUGUUGUCGAGCCUGGGCGAAGAUACGGAACGUCAGGGAUUGCUGAAAACUCCGGAACGCGCCGCCAAGGCAAUGCUCUUCUUCACUAAAGGAUACGACCAGAGUUUGGAAGAGGCUUUGAACGGUGCCGUUUUCGACGAGGAUCACGACGAAAUGGUCGUGGUGAAGGACAUCGAAAUGUUCUCCAUGUGUGAACACCAUCUGGUACCGUUCUACGGUAAAGUGUCGAUCGGUUACUUGCCCUGCAAGAAGAUUCUCGGGCUAAGCAAGCUGGCCAGAAUUGUGGAAAUCUUUUCCCGCCGUCUACAGGUACAGGAACGAUUGACCAAGCAAAUUGCCGUCGCUGUCACUCAAGCGGUACAACCAGCAGGCGUUGCUGUCAUCAUCGAGGGAGUACACAUGUGCAUGGUGAUGCGUGGUGUACAGAAGAUCAACAGCAAAACGGUCACCUCGACCAUGCUGGGUGUUUUCCGGGACGAUCCGAAAACACGCGAAGAGUUCCUGACGCUUUGUAACAACAAGUGAGCCCGUAUCCUGCAUCGAUCCCCGUCCCGGGCAGUUACUGAUCCGACGGAAAUCGAUGAGUACGGCAAUCGGAAGGAGUAUUAAGAAGCGAAGGGCAAUGAUCGUCCUCGUGCAACUCGUUUAGGGAAUCCAUUUAGGGAACAUUCAAACAUAUUGAUAUACUCGAUUUUAGCUGCCAGUUUGGAGAUUUUAGGCUAUUUUACAGGUGCAGUACAGUGAAAAUGGGAAUGGAAUGAGCACGUUUUAAAAUAUGCAGCAACCCCUUUAAAUCAUUAUUAUCUUAUCCAUCGUUGUUGUAAAUGUGAAUGUGUAUGUGCAUACUUCGCGUGUGCAUUUCUGUUGUGUCCAAUGUUUUCGCGAAAAGAAGGACAAUAAGUAGCAAUUCAACUAAUCUCAUCCAUUAAAUUGUUGCUCUCUACAUACAGCGGGAAGGAUACGGUCUUACCAGUCAUUCCAUGCAAGAAGGAAAAUGAUAUAAUAAAUUUUAAACGAUACACUGUCAAACAUAAAUGCAACUGUUAAAAAAAUUCAAUAAAAAGUAAAGCAGUGUAAGCGUGAGUGUAUUGCUAUCUGCUCACUGUUUAUUAUUAGGAUGUUUAUAAAUAUUUUUGAAACUGGUUAUUGUCACGCGAAUGGGUCCAAAUGUUAUCGGUUUGAAGGAAAAUAAAGGGAAACAAAGACAAGGAAAGUAAAUAACUAUACCAAGCGCCAUUCACUCGGGUCGCCAAAAAUGGUGUAUACACUGUAUAGGAGACAACCUUUUUAUUGUUGUUUGUUGAUAUUUUGGAAGAUUGUUGGUUGGUUGAAAAGUAAAAUCAAAAAUCCCCUAAAGAAGGUACCAAGGAGGGCCGAAAAAAAAAACAACGCCAAACUCUUAACGCUCAGUUCGGAAGGAGUUAACAUACAACGAUUGCUAUGAGAAUUCAUAUACACACACUGCUAUGAUAUUGAUAGCUUCCAAACACCUGGUCCCUGGAAUGUGUUGCAUCACAUCACAUCACUAUGUCCUGUACGUUAGAUUUCAACGGGGGAAACUAACAUUAAAUGGCGGAGCAGUGUAGGAGAAAUCCUGAAGCGGAUGAAGAAGGCUAUCAAAUAUUGUUGUUAUACUAGCCGUAAUGUCCAUACGUGCAUAAAUAAGUGAAUAAAUGUAAACGAACAUCAAA